AGUUGGUUUCCACCAUGACAGCUGUGCCACUAUUGCACCUGUGGGCUCAUUUGCCCUGACUGGCAGAAUAUAAGGCUUGCCGUGUUCUACAUGGAGGAAGUUAUCAGCUCAGUUCCAGCAGGAUUUCUCAGUGGACUUACAGCCCAAGAAGAAUUAAUAGAGAGCUUCACGAGAUUGGAUUUAUUCUCUUCUCACCCAAUGAUGGGAAAAUGGGAAGCAAGACUGAAGCAAAUUGAACAACGAGCAUCUCACUAUGAGAAGAAGCCAUUGUCCUCAGUGUACAGACCAAGACUGGCCAAGCCAGAAGAACCACCCUCCAUUUGGAAGCUAUUUUAUCGACAAAAUCAAGCCUUUGAUUUUGUUAAAAGCUGCAGAGAGGAUGUUCAUGUAUUUGCUUUAGAAUGCAAAGUGGGAGAUGGACAACGUACUUACCUUGUAACAACUUAUACUCAACUUUGGUUUUACUAUAAAUCCCGGAAAGAUCUUUUGCAUUGCUAUGAAGUUAUUCCUGAAAAUGCUGUGUGCAAGCUUUAUUUUGAUUUGGAAUUUAACAAAUUGGCCAAUCCAGGAGCUGAUGGCAAAAAGAUGGUUGCAUUACUUAUAGAGCAUGUUUGUAAAGCCCUUCAAGAUUUAUACAGUGUUCAUUGUUCAGCUGAAGAUGUUUUAAAUUUGGAUUCUAGCACUGAAGAAAAAUUUAGUCAGCAUUUAAUAUUUCAGCUUCAUGAAGUGGCAUUUAAAGAUAACAUUCAAGUUGGUAAUUUUGUGAGAAAAAUGUUGCAGCCUGCUCUUCAGUUAAUUGCUAAGGAAAGUGAUGAUAGGAUUCCAGAGACAAUGGACCAGGAAUUUUCUGACAUUCCACUAAAACAAGAAAUUUCCUUGAACAAAAUCUCUACAAAUAAGGAUACAGAAAAGAGCUGGACACUGAAUUCAGAGAAGCCCAAGAGACUGGAGUCAGCUAAGCAAACUGGGCCUGAUCUUUCAUUUUUAGUUGUGAAGAAUAACCUGGGAGAAAGGCAUCUUUUCGUGGAUCUAGGAGUCUACACAAGAAACAGAAAUUUCCGAUUGUAUAAAUCAUCAAAAAUAGGAAAGUAUGUAGCCUUGGAGGUUGCUGAAGAUAACAGAUUUUUUCCUAAACCAUCAAAACAUCUUUCUGAAGAAAAUCAAUAUUUCCUUUAUUCUUUAGUUAGCAAUGUCAGAUUCUCAGAUACUUUACGAAUUCUUACAUGUGAUACAUCUCAGACUAAAGAGAAGCCAGUUGAGUAUCUUAACAAUAUCAGCACUUCAGUUGAAGCCAUUGAAGGUUUUCAGUGUUCACCCUAUCCUGAAGUUGAUCAAUUUGUUCUUUCUUUGGUGAACAAAAAUGGCAUUAAAGGAGGAAUUCGGCGUUGGAACUACUUUGUCCCAGAAGAAUUACUUGUUUAUGAUAUUUGUAAAUAUCGCUGGUGUGAAAACAUUGGAAGAUCCCACAAGAGUAAUAAUAUCAUGAUUCUGAUUGAUCUGAAAAAUGAAGUUUGGUAUCAAAAAUGUCAUGACCCUGUAUGCAAAGCAGAAAACUUCAAAUCAGACUAUUUUCCAUUACCUGCUGAAGUGAGUCUCCUAUUUCUUCUCAAAGAGGAAGAGGACUUCACUGCUGCUGAAGCAGGUGAAACUGGCAACAAGGAGCCUAAGAGUUCUCCAGAACCACCCAACAGGCUAUCACCAGGUGGAUUUUGUGACACUGACUGGGGUGAUGACAGGGAUGAUGCUUGUUUUUUGGAAGCUACUGAAGAUGUUGAAUUAGCCGAAGCAGCAGGGAAUUGUCUUGUUGAUUAUUGCAGUGAAAUGGAGGAAAUUCCUGAUGAAUUAAUUAUAUAAGUAUUACAAGAGUAGCUACUGAUGAAGUUAUAUAACUAGGCUUCAAUUAGCCUGGAAUGUAUGAGAUGUGACAAUAUAAACAUUAAGUUAUGGGUAGACAGCAGGUCUGCGUAGAGUGCUUGCCUAACAUAUGUGAAUCCCUUGGUUUAGUUCCUAAUGUUACCAAAAGAACAUUUGUUAUUAAGCCUGUCUCUAUCAACUGAGUUUUGUCAGUUUGUUUUCCCACUUCCACUUUAUUUUUUACUUAAGCAAACUAGUUUUGUUGAAAAUUAGCUUUGCUAUACUUAAAUUCAGGUAGAAACUCCUCAUAAUUAACCAAAAUAGAUCAAUGUUCACAUUGACUUAUAGGUUUUCUAUUUCUAAAGAUUGAUGUGUUCUGUCAAUAGGUUAAAAUUAUUAAGACAAUUAUCAUACAAAAUGACUGUGGCUUCUGAACAUACUAAGCUAGUAUAAUUUGAGUGAAAUUAAUAAAGUAAUACUAAAUUCUAA